CAGCCCAAAAUGCAGGAAACAACCGAGGCCAUUUGACAGGUGACAAACAAGACAGCCAGAAGCGGGACCGGCACGGCGGAGCGCAGCGGCUUCCCGGCGGAGUCCUGGGAAAGGCGAGUCCGGGGGAGGGCGCCCCCUAAGGAAUGACACACAGUGCUGUGCUUACUUGCCAUAGCCAGACGGUGGCAUUGGAGGGGCAGGAUGCCGCGUCCAACACACAGCUUCACUGCGGCCCUGAAGCGGUUAAUAUUCGCUGCGAAAGGUCAAAGUCUGCAGGCAAUGGAGCUUCUUGAAGAAGAUCUUACAUGCGCGAUCUGCUGCUGUCUGUAUGAAGACCCCCGAGUCCUUCCUUGUUCCCACAGCUUCUGCAAGAAAUGUUUGGAGGGUAUCUUGGAGGGCAAUAGGGGGCCCUUGUGGAGACCACCCUUUAAAUGCCCCACUUGCCGAAAAGAAACCCCCCACAACGGUGUGAACAGUUUGCAAGUGAACUACUCCCUUCGCGGGAUAGUGGAGAAGUACAAUAAGAUCAAGAUCAUGCCGAAGAUGUCCCUUUGCAGGGCGCAUCACGGACAGCCGCUGAAUAUAUUCUGUGCGACAGACUGUAAACUUAUUUGUGGGUUUUGCGCAACAACUGGGGAUCACAAAGGGCAUAAAUUUAGUGCUUUACAGGAGGCGUAUGAACAAGAGCGUGUGGCGUUUGAAGAGCUUUUCCGGAGUUUUGAAAGUUGGCACAGCACCGACAUCCUGUCCUGUUUGGACUCUUUGGAAACGAAUAAAAAGAAGUCUCUGCAGGCGGUGUCCAGAGACGCCGACAGGGUGACGGAGUACUUCGACAAGCUGGUCAAAAUCCUGGAGCAAAAGAAAAACGAAAUACUCUCGGAUUUCGAGACGUUGAAGCUAAUGGUGAUGCAGGCAUACGACCCGGAGAUCAACAGACUGCGAGCGGUGCUGGAGGAGCAGAAGCGCGCGCUCAACAUUGCCGAGGCUUUCAGGGAGGCGCCCGACCCGCUGUACUUUCUCCAGCAGAUGCAGGAAUUUAGGGAGAAGCUAAAGGUCAUUCAGGAAACCUCUGUACCCUCUCGGACAUGCAUGGAUGUGGGCCCUCCUUUGAAAACUUUCGACCUGAAGACCUGGGACUCCGUGAGGCUCAAAGAUGUGGACAAACUGGCUGCUCCUCAUGAGAAUAAGGCACGACGUGUCUCAGCUACUGGCUGUUGCAGGGUGCUGUGGGCUCUCCUCAUGGCUGCAUGCCUUUUUCUUUGUGCACUUUUCUUUUUAGCGUCCCUAGACCUGUCCUGCAUGAGUUCCGUGAGUCAUCCGUACUUACCUGCUGCAAAUGACCUGGCCAGUUACGUGACCCAACGCUGCAGCGAAGCAGCCGCCGUAUUUUUGGUUCUGUUUGAAUUGCUGCAAAAACUUGCAUUUGAUUUCUUGGAUAUGACAGUGGAUUUUAUGUGUUAUUAUAAAUUACUUUAGAUUUGCAUGUCCACUGUAUGUUUACAUUUGAAAUGACUAAAAGUAGCGAAUUACAUAUAUCAUUGAUUCUUUUAUGAAUAAUAUAGAAUUGUAAGGGAAUUUCCUUAGAAUUAAUUGUUUCUCAGUUGUGUCGGGAUUUCUCUGCUGUUGUAACUUCUGAGUGUAGAAAAUCCCGAUACACUAUAGCCCCACUUUCAAAAUUGGAAUCAUUAUAUCGAAAGAAUCUUACACAAUAAUACUCCAAAGUGAAAGAUUUUGUAGUAACUGUACUGAGCUUAUGAGAGUAACCGAUACUAAUGAGGUGCAGUAUACAUUGUGAAUUAGCUGGUCCAUGUAUUUAAACAAACAGCUGGUUUUUAAUCUGUUUGUACAGUUCUGGUAUUUCUGUAAAACAGUCAGAGGUCUGGGUGGCUCAGGAGGAUAGAGAUCAAUGCUGGUUUGUCAAAGGUCUUGAACUCAAGGCUGAGGCUGGCGAUAAAUUCUGUAAAUCAACCUAGAGUAUGUAUUGUUUAAGUAUACAACCCCUUCUGAUAUGGUGAAUUUGUUUCUGCCGGUGGUACUGAAGUUUAUAUGUGAUAAAUGGUGAAAACGUCCAA